UUCGUUUGAAUGAAAUUGAGGGAAAUUGGGAUACAUUCAGCCAUUUUUAAUUCUCUUUCCUUGCUGAUCUCUGGAGCCAUAUUGUCUCCAACAUGGACAACUUUCCCCCCACCACAACCAGAGGCCCAUCAGCAUUUCAUUAUACCUGCCAAUAUUUAUGGAAAAAUUAUGAGGAAAGGUUGACUCCUGAAUCACAAAACAUUUUUUCAGGGAAUUUACAACGUUGACAAGUUCUGCUUGGUUUUCUGUAGGCCUAAUGAGAAACCAAGUCCUACUGAAAUGUGAGAAUCUCCAACACUGAUUGAAAAUAGUUGUACAAUUUUUUCAGGACUUCCAUAUGUACUUGGUGAAAAUAUAUCUUGUUUUAACCAUCAAAACUUUUUGAUCACACUUCCCCACACACACAUACACAUACACACACUCUGAAUAAGAUAACUGGAUUCUCUGCCUUCACAUACAGUACAUAUAGCAAUAUCACUUAGACUUAUAUACCAUUUCAUAGUGCUUUACAGGAUUCUCUGAGCAGUUUACCAAUGUCAGCAUAUUGCACCUAACAAUCUGGGUCCAACCUCGGAAGGAUGGAAGGCUGAAUCAACCUUGAGCCUGGACCCAAUCAAGACAUCACUGGAGGAUAUUAAACACUUUUGAUCAUCUGCAUUGUCUGUAUACUGACAAUAAACCCUCUUACAUUGUGAUAUCCACCACGAGGCACUGAGGAAUCAUGAGCAUCAGUUUCACAAAAAGAAAACAAGAAGAAAAUAUGAGGAACCAGAUGCGGUUGUACGAUGUUUCAACUGGAGCCUAUUUCCGUUAGUCACGGUUCAGACUUGAAGACUUGUACCUGCUUACAGGCAAAGACUUAAAACCAUAAAACCAACAAUUAAAUCUGUAAAGACCAGGACUGAGGAGGCAGAGUUAAAGCUACAGGCCUGCCUUGACUGUUCUUAUUGGAAUGUUUUCAAAAGUACCUCUGCAGACUUAGACGAACUCACAGAUACUGUAACAUCAUAUGUCAGCUUCUGUGAAGACCUAUGUGUAUUGACCAGGAACUUGCAAAUAUACAGUAACAACAAACCUUGGUUCACAGCUAAACUUAAGCAGCUAUGUCAUUCCAAAGAGGAAGCCUACAGAAAAGGUGAUAAAAUGCUGUACGAUCAGGCCAGAAAUGUAUUAACAAGGGAGAUCAGAGCAGCAAAAAGAAGCUAUUCUGAAAACUAAAGAAUCAGUUCUCAACAAAUGAACUAGCAAACAUGUGGAAAACUCUUAAAAAUAUCACCGGUUAUGGCAAAUCUCCUUCCCAGGCUGAAGGAAAUAAUAAGUGGAACGACUUGUCUAAUAAGUGGAACGACUUGCCUUCAGAAGUUGUGAAUGCUCCAACACUGGAAAUUUUUAAGAAAAUGUUGGAUAAGUAUCUGACUGAGAUGGUGUAGGGUUUCCUGCCUGGGCAGGGGGUUGGACUAGAAGGCCUCCAAGGUCCCUUCCAACUCUGAUGUUAUGUUAUGUUAUGUUUAAAUCAACAAUUGGCAGAUGAUCUGAACGUGUUUUACUGCAGGUUUGAAAGGAAACUACAGCCACCUAUCUCCACAACCUCCAUCUCAGACACACUAACAACAGCCAAACUUCCUACAACUGACCCCAUCCCAUUGGGUUCACAACCUGUUGUGACUCGUCCUCCCUCUUCUCCUCAGCCGGGCCCUCCCAUCUCCAACCGGGCCUUUUAUCAGACUCCGAGUCUGAUAAUGAAGAUGAACGGCCUGUCAUGCCUCCAGCCCCCGGCCCUGCCCCCAUGCCGGAGAGGAUUCCAGGAGUGAAAGGAGUAGCCCAAUAAAUCUCACUCAUCCAGCGUGUGUUCCUUUGGCUCAGCCUUCGAGCAGGAAGCCAGCCAGGUGCUGGAAUUACUCGGGCCUACUCCCUCUGACCCCUCCCUUUCCCAGACGCUGACAGCAGAUUCAGCUGAAGACAAUUCAGAGUAGGUGGACCCUCGCUUCUGGAGAUCUGAGAGGCGAUGCCAGCAGAAGGAAAGGGGGGGGAACGCCUGGAUAAAUGCUGAGUCAUGGAGCCACACCCCACAGCCUAUAUAAAGGACCUGCUUUUGGCAUUCCAACCUUGAGUCAAGCAAAGUCUUAUCUAGUUUGCUGAUACCGGACCCUAUUGCUGAAGUCACAACUUGGACUCCUGCCUGCCCUGAUAAACCUUGAAGGAACUUAGCAAGCUGCAGAGGCUUCGUUGCCAGGUUUGUUACGGACUUCCUUGACUCGUUCAUCGGAAUGGGGGUGGGACAUGACACAACCCCUAGUGAUCACAGAAAAGGAAGUGCAAGACCUAUUUCACAGACAAAAGCCAGGAAAAGCUCAAGGCCUAGACAAGAUAACUCCUUCUUGCUUAAAAGUCUGUGCUGACCAAUUGGCUCCCAUCUUCACCUGUAUCUUCAAUAAAUCGCUAGAGAUGUGCUAUGUUUCUUCUUGCUUCAAACGCUCUAUUAUCAUUCCAGUGGCGAAAAAGCCCACCAUCAAGGAAAUGAAUGACUACAGACCAGUUGCUGUAACAUCUGUAGUGAUGAAAACCUUUGAAAGGCUAGUGCUGUCCCACUUGAAAACCAUCACGGAUCUGCUGUUAGACCCCUUGCAAUUUUCAUACCAAGCAAAUAGAUCAACAGAUUAUGCUGUUAAUAUGGCUCUGCACUACAUCCUACAACAUCUUGAAUCUCCAAAGACCUAUGCAAGAUUCUCUUUGUAGACUUUAGCUCAGCAUUUAACACCAGACAUUCCAGGCAUUCUUCUAACUAAGCUAAACCAGCUAGCGGUACCUGAACACACUUGUAAAUGGAUCAUAAGCUUCCUAACAGACAGGAAGCACCAGGUGAAGCUAAGCAGAAUCACAUCAGAUACCUGUACAAUUAGCAAGGGGCCCCACAAAGCUGUAUGGUCUCUCCACUUCUCUCUAUAUACCAAUGAUUGCAUCUCAAAUGAUCCAUCUGUUAAACUACUGAAGUUUGCAGAUGACACAACUCAUUUGAGACAAUGAUGAAUCUGCAUACAGAUGGGAGGUUGAACAACUAGCCUUGUGGUGCGACCAGAAUAAUCUGGAACUGAACACACUCAAAACUGUAGAAAUGGUGGUAGACUUUAGGAGAAACCCUCCCAUACUACCACCUCUUACAAUGCUAGACAACACAGUAUCAACAAUAGAGACCUUCAAAUUUCUAGGUUCUACCGUAUCUCAUGACCUAAAAUGUACACCCAACAUCAAAAAUGUUAUCAAAAAAGCACAAAAAAGAAUGUUAUUUCUGUGCCAACUCAGAAAGUUCAAAUUUCUCAAAGAGCUGCUGAUAUAGUUCUACAGAGAAAUUAUUGAGUCUGUCAUCUGCACCUCUAUAAGUGUCUUGUUUGGUUCUGCAACCCAAUAAGACAGACACAGUCUUCAGAGGAUAAUUAGAACUGCAGAAAAAACAAUUACUACCAACCUGCCUUCCAUUGAGGACCUGUAUACUGCACGAGUCAAAAAGAGGGUUGUGAAAAUAUUUACAGACCCCUCGCAUCCUGGACAUAAACUGUUUCAACUCCUACCCUCAAAACGACACUCUAGAGCACUGCACACCAGAACAACUAGACACAAGAACAGUUUUUCCCUGAAUGCCAUCACUCUGCUAAACAAAUUAUUCCCUCAACACUGUCAAACUAAUUACUAAGUCUGCAUUACUAUUAAUCUUCUCAUCAUUCCUAUUACCCAUCUCCUCCCACUUACGACUGUAUAACUGUAACCUUGCUGCUGGUAUCCUUAAGAUUUAUAUUGACUGUUUCCCUAUGACUAUCAUUAAGUGUUGUACCUUAUGAUUCUUGAUGAAUGUAUCUUUUCUUUUAUGUACUCCGAGAGCGUAUGCACUAAGACAAUUCCUUGCGUGUCCAAUCACACUUGGCCAAUAAAGAAUUCUAUUCUUUUCUAUCCUAUCCUAUCCUAUCCUAUCCUAUCCUAUCCUAUCCUAUCCUAUCCUAUCCUAUCCUAUCCUAUCCUAUCCUAUUAUGAUAGAUGGAUGGAUGGAUGGAUGGAUAGAUAGAUAGAUAGAUAGAUAGAUAGAUAGAUAGAUAGAUAGAUAGAUAGAUAGAUAGAUAGAUUUUUGAAAUAUAGCUACUCACAGUAGAUCCUGGCAGCAGAAAAUAGAAAUGGGUGGUGGGGAAUCUAUCUUACUUCAGUAUACAGUAGAACCUCUGGUUACGAAUGCUUCUGACCACGACCAAAUCAGGUUCUGACCCAAAAAUUCACUUUUUUUUUUUGCAGCUGAUUUCCCCUUCUGCGCCAAUUUUUUUAUAAGCACCAAAUUUCCAAAAUUAGAUUUGGGUCACGACUAAAUCGGUUUGCAACCAAAGUUAUGGAACAAACCAUGGUCGUGACCAGAGGUUCUACUGUAUUCCCUCUUAGAGCAAAGUCCAUAUGUUACUGAUUUAUCUGGUCAAUCUGGUGAGGCAGGAAGGAGUCUUUUUGCAACUAACCAAGUUGGGGAUAUUUUGGUAAUUGGGACAAGGCUCCCAAUGGGAGUGGUAGCCUCUCUGUACCUAUUGACAUGAUGGCUACAGUCCCCUCCGCCUCCUCAAAAAAGCAGGCAACUGUAAUACCUGAGAGAAACUUCCUUUUUGUCAGCUUCCCGUUUUUUACUCACUGGCAAUUCUGAAGAAUAAAUGCAUGUAAAAAACAAGUACACUGGAAAGAAUUAUUACGUGUGUCAGUGUUUCUCAAUCUUAGCAACUUUAAGAUAUUUGAACUUCAACUCUCAGAAAUCCCCAGCCAGCAAGUCUGGAUAUACCGUAAUGACAAAAAUAAUUCUUAAAGCGUGACUUUAAGACCAGAAAUCAGUAACAUUUUUAGUGAUGUUUAAUUCUCCUCUGCCCACCCUUUCCUCAUAGGAAAUGCAUAUUAAUGCACUGGGUUAUUCAUAGCACUUUUUAGUUCCUUUAUGCUUUACCUCUUAAGAGAGAGAGAGGUUAAAAUUAGUCAUUAAUCUGCUCACUCACACAAGAAGACAAUGAGGAAUCCUCUUGCUUGCAUCAUUCUGGGUCUUGGAUUGGCAAUCGUUCGUGCAGAUAUAACAGGAACAUCUGGCGAAUCAAGUUUGGACCUUUUCGUGUGUCAGUUGAUAUCAUUUUUUGGCGGGAAUUGCUAUAACCGUUGGCCAGGAUCAAAUAAUAAUAUUCCUGAGAAAAGUCCCUUUGACUCCCAAAUUAAAAAAGUGAAAGAAAAUCUCGAUUCAAACCAGUGUUUAAAUGAACAAAAAAAAGAAAAGAAUUUAUAUUGCUCAGUGAUGGCUUCUGCCUUGAACUUCGGGGAACCUCUUAAUGCUAGUAACAUGCAUAAUGAAACCACCCUGAAAGACUCGGUGAAUUCCUUUGAAAAUCUUUUUGAUAAUCGCUCUCACUGGGAUAAUAACAUAAAGAAGGAUCUUGUCACAAUUUUGCCCAUGAUUAUGGAAAAAAUAAGGUUAAAUGCACUAUUAACAGCUCUUGCAAAUCCAGGAAACAUCUCUCAAACUGUGGUUCGAAACUUCACAGUGAUCCAAACAAAGCUUAUCAGUCCAGAAUCCUUGGAAAAGAAUGAACUCACAUUAGAAGCUCAAGGAGAUCAAAUGACUAUCCACCCAAGAGCAGCAGCUUCCAUGACCACAGGUACUGUUGCUGUGGCUUUUAUAUCAUACGGUGGACUAAAAUCACUCUUAGAAGACACUUUACUGAAGAAUGGAACAUUCCUAGACAAUGAAAUGCUGACAGAUGUUCAUAUGAACUCUAGGCUGGUAAGCGUUUCUGCCAGGAGCAAAAUACAGAAUAUUUCUACCCCAGUCAAUCUCACUUUUCAGCAUGUCAAGAAAAAAGUUGCCCAGGAAAAGGUUCUCUGUGUCCACUGGGUUUCUGGUGCCUUAUCCGAUCAUGGUUGCCAACAGCUCUUUUCUAACAUCACCCAUACAGAAUGCAGCUGUCAACAUCUGUCCAAUUUUGCUGUACUGACGGCCACAACUCACAAGCAAAGAGAUCUGACCCUCACCAUUAUUAGCUACAUUGGGUUGUCCAUCUCAAUCAUCUGUCUCUUCCUGUGUAUUGUCACAUUCCUCUUCUGCCGCUCCAGCCACAACAGCAGCACCUUCAUCCACCUACAACUGAGCUCCUGCCUGUUUUUUGCAGACCUCCUCUUCGUAGUUGGAAUAGAUAAAACAAGCAACAAGAUCCUGUGUUCGGUCAUAGCUGGAAUUUUGAAGUAUCUUUUUUUGGCCUGUUUUGUCUGGAUGUUCUUGGAAGCUGUCAAUCUCUACCUCAUUGUCAGAAACUUGAAAGUUGCAAAUUACAGCGGGGCCAGCAAGUAUAUGAAGAUAUCUAUGUACCUCAUUGGUUAUGGGUGUCCUGUCCUGAUUGUAGCUAUUUCUGCAGCAAUUAAACCUGGAGCCUUUGGGACUCGUUAUCACUGCUGGCUUAAUCCAGAUUUUAUCUGGAGCUUUAUGGGACCUGUCUGUGUGAUAAUUGUGGUCAACUUGGUGUUUUUCUGUCUUAUUCUGAAGAAUCUACAUAAAAAAUUGGCAUCUCUUAAUUCAGAGGUAUCUUCAGUCAAAAAUACCAGGUCACUGAUAUUUAAGGCCAUAGCCCAUGUGUUCAUCCUGGGUGUGACCUGGUGUUUUGGCCUCUUUCAACAUGGCCCUGUGGAAGACAUUAUGGCAUAUCUCUUCACCAUCACCAACAGUGUGCAAGGAAUCUUCAUUUUUCUGGUGCACUGCUUACUCAACCAAAAGGUGAGAGAAGAAUACUGGAAUUGGAUCUGUUGCAACAGAAAGAGUUCACCUGAGGUUUCUGUUGUGGUGACUUCUUUUCCCAUCAGCAAUCCUUCAAAAAAUGUACCAAGUGCUACUACAGUGGUUGACCAGAAAGUAGAAUGGGGAAACCAAACAUAGCUUACUAUCUCUCUUUUGGACUCUUCUGUUCAGUUUGAACAAAACUGAAGAAAAAUUGAAUAUAUUAAACCCUUUGUUUUCCUGUUGUCUCUCAGCCCUUUAAUGUAACUUGAAAUCCAGAACCAUACUGAAAACAUAACUUUUAGCUGAUUCCCUACUUUCAUUGUCAUUUUCUCUCUGUUCUCCCUAUAGUAUAUAAUGUAUAUAGUAUGUGCUAUAUAUAGGACAGUAUUCAGCUGUUUUACAUUCAGAGUAUUUCAACUUUGCAAAGGACAUAUUUAAAAUGUUUUAUACAACCCUAAUACAGCACUUUUCCAGCCUUUUUCUGUGCAUUGCUCUUUUAGGGAAUGUCAUGUUUACUAAGGCUGAACAUGGGUUGAAGGAAUACAAAGGAUGUGCCAACAUAACAGUAUCUUGACAGCAACAUUCCUCUUCCUAAUGACAGUAUACUUUUAAACUGAUCAAUAGAUUCUUUUUUGUGCUGCCAAAAAAAGUAUUUAUUGCAAUCCUAAAUCCUUAUCUGUGGCAACAUAAACACAUUGAAAACUACAGAAAUUUCUGCUUAGAGAAGGAAAACACAACUGAAAUAGUCCAGAGAGACAAAUAUGCCAGUUUGAAAUGAUCCAAGAAUGGUCAGUUUCCAGACCAAAAUUCUGCUAGAUUGUCCAAGAAAGCCAAAGCACCAUACAGUUAGGUUGGAUUAGAAGGAGGUGGGAUGUCUCUGAGGAUGGGCAUGUGUAAUGCUGAUUGCCACAAAGAGCCAGUCAAGGCACAGUUUCCUUUAUACAGACCAUAUUUCUACAGGAUGAACCAAUUAGUAUGGCUCAUUUGUGAGACAUACUUCAUACUUUCAAGUGGAUGACUCAAGUUCCUUUGCUCUUCUCUUGUCAAUUGGUGGUGUCUUCCUGGGCUUGGGUGGGAUUUACCUAGCUCAACUUCUGUAUCAGCUGAUUCAGCCUGCACUGACCCUGUACUUCCUCUCUUCAACCAAUUCCUGUGGUUGAGGCUGAGACUCAGAUUGGUCAAGCUGUUCUACUUCUGAACCAAAAGACUCAGACUGAUCUUUAACAUACAUUGGGUAAAGAUUAGAAGAUUCUACAACCAUGUUGGUACAAAAACAGUAUAAUUAAUUGUAAGAAACAACUUGAUCCUUCCAAUCCUAUCAAUCCAGAUGGAGUUGAAUAUUUAGGAAUAGUUUAUAAAACGUUGGUAUUAAUUUUAAAUUGCAGUCUAGAUUCCUUUUUUUGUAUACCGUAAUUAAAAAUGGAACUUGUGUCAUAGCAACAACUUUCAUUAUCAUUGCUUGUAGGAAUAAAUUCUACUUAAAAUGUUAUUUUUGUUUUAAGCAAUUCUCAAAGCCCCAAAGCCCUAAAUUUGCAUUUUUCUUGGAACAGCCAUAUUGCACUGCAAACCUACACUGAGUUUGGAAUCAACUACUGUUCCAAGAUCUUAUAUUGUAUCUUUGAGCACUCUAAUACAUUGUGAUUAUUCUUUUUUCAAGUAUGAAAAUAAAUUAGUUCAAGACGUGAUAAGACGGAUCAUUUUAUUAUCAUUUUGUCUGGUUAAACAUUAAUUGUUGAACCAAAUCCAGUUAAACAUGUCUCCAGGUGCUGAAGGCAGCUUCCCUGAGGAACUCCUUAUUUAUUUUAUUCCAAAACAAUAAUGGUGUGAGAUAAAAUUGUUUGAGAAAAAGUCAGCUAUUGAGUUUCAUUGCUGAAGGUAUCAUUUGGCUGGAUCUGGAUGGAUCUCCCUGCUCUUGGUCCAAUACCUUAAGCAAUACGUUAAUUGGCUCUCAUAUUAAACCCAAUUCUUCAAAUACUCUGGGAGGAUGUGCUGAGAUUUGAACUCACCAUUUUAAUCUUUUUCAAAAUGGUUCUUGAUUUAUGUCGUUGAUUCUGUUUUUUUUUAAGGGUGUGUGUGUUUGUUUUAGUUAUCUGUUCAUUAAUCCAUUUAAAAUACUUUAUUUAUUAAAAAAUAAACUAUUUUAAAGGCAUUAAUUAGUUCAACUUAGCUAAUAAUUUUACUAGCUGAUUCUUUCUU